AAAAACAAGAGCUUGACCGUUCACCGACAGUUAUCUCGACAUUCGACAUCUCCGACGCCAUCUUCUUCGUCCUCCGCUGCUUCUCACAGCGUUUCGUCGGAGGACGGGAGUGAAGAGCGGGCGCUCGAAGGGCUGAGGACGCAGCUGAAGCCGAGGCAGACUCAGUCGGCAGCGAUGAGCGGAGCCAAAGCCCGCAGCGACGCGCCUGUUGCUGAAAAUGUCUCCAGCGGCGGGCACGGCUCCGCUGCCCCCACGCGGGACCGCAAGCCCGGCGGAGGCGUCUUGAAGCGGCUCAAGUCCCGGCGAAGCCAGGUGGAGAGCAGGCCCGUGACGGAGGAAGAGCUGCGGACGAAGAGCGGGCACGUCUCCCCGGAGGACGUUCUGGGUCUUCGAGUCGCGACGAGAGGAUACCUCUGUAAACCUGAAGACAACAUUUACAACAUUGACUUUGUUCGUUUUAAAAUCAGAGACCUGGAAACAAACACCGUUCUGUUUGAGAUUGCCAAACCUCCGCAUUCAGACGACGAUGAGGAGCUCAGCGAAGGAGACGGCACGGCGGGUCGAUUUGUUCGCUACCAGUUCACACCGGCUUUCCUGCGACUGAGGACUGUGGGAGCUACGGUGGAAUUCACAGUCGGGAACCGGCCCCUAAACAACUUCCGCAUGAUCGAGAGGCACUACUUUCGCGAUCACCUGCUCAAGAGCUUUGACUUCGACUUCGGCUUCUGCAUCCCAAGCAGCCGUAACUCCUGUGAACACAUCUACGAGUUUCCCCAGCUUUCUGAGACCCUGGUUCGUCAGAUGGUGGAGUGUCCUUACGAAACGCGGUCGGACAGUUUCUACUUUGUGGACAACAGACUGGUCAUGCACAACAAGGCAGACUACGCCUACAACGGAGGACAAUGAUAGCUGGCAACCUUUGCAUGCGGCAACCGCUGCUCACAUCUGUCGACAGACAUGUACACACACGCAUGCAUAAUGCAGAACAUUCAGCUCAAGCGUUCACACACGCACACACUCCUGCAGCCGUGUUCGAGCGGCCUCUCGUGUUUGUAAAGGUUCGACGCCGGUCGUUUGUUUCAUUUUUAGUGCGUUUUAUUUCGCUGGAAGUGGACGGUAGUCUUGACUCCGACGUACAAAUAGGAAGAAACUCUGUAUUGCUUCAUUUAUCUAGUUUUAAAUAUCGAUAGAUCUCUUUGAUACUUAAAAAAAAAGAGGGUUAAUCACUAGUGGCUGUGUAACAUGUGUUUAAAACAGGUCAAACAGCUAUUGGACGGAUAAUCAGACUCCUUUUAAGUGUCCCAGCUACUAUAGAAAUCACACAGCACACAUGUGAACACACACACACACUCAGUCCCCAAGUGGCACCCAUAGUGUUUGUCAGAAGCAGCUGUUAUCAGAGCUGCCGCCUCCACAAUCCACUCCAGACAACAUCGGGGGGGAGAGAGGAGGAGAGGGUGUAAAAGAGAAGCCAUCCACAAAAAAACACUCAUGUCAAACACACGCGGUUACUCCUGCAUUCUCCUCUCUGCAUCCCUUUCAUUUCUACACAAAGAGACACGUCCACACUAGUGCCGAGUCUCAUCAAAGGGUUUUUUUUUUCUUCUUUUAAAUUUAAGCCUGUUUGAUUGUAACAUGAAACAAGAUCAGGUAACAGCUAACUCUGCUUUAAUUCUUAUGAUGACCUGUAAAAAAAAAACCGUUUUAGAUAUAAAAAAAAGUAAACAUCCUUCCUGUUUUACAGAGUGUUUAUAUCAUGAUGCAUGUGAUGGUAUGAUUUAAAUAUAUGAAAUUUUAAAAAAAUGUACCAAGAUUCAUUUGAGAGAUUAAGUAAAUGUUGGAGAUUUUGUUUGUUUGUUUGUUUAAAAGUGAUGGCGUGUUAAAAAAUGUUUCUCAUUUGAGAAUGUUUAAAAUAAUCAAGAAUAAACCCGAACGGCGAUAAAGACAAAUGUUAAUUUCAUGACGAGUCGAAAUGUUGAAAGCGUGUAUGAAGAAAAAAAGAGAAAAUAGUGAAACUGCUGUUUUAUCAAAGCAGCUUGUUUUCACAUUUUUUAAAUGUUAUUUUAUUGUGUCCUUUUUUUCUUAUUAUUUUUUUGCUGCUUUGCUUUUUUUUUUUCCCCCCUUUUCCUAUUUUUUCCGCCCCCAUUAUCUGGGUUUAAUUAUUGCAAGCUCAACAUUUUUUGACAUUUAAAGUGUUUUCUUAAAAAAUGAUCUUGAGUUCAACAUUCUGUCUUUUCCUCUUGUGGUUUUGUAGCAGGUAAAUAAACAAAACUAUGUCCUUUUUAAAUCUUGUUCUCCUAGUGAUCCUAGCUUUAUAUCUGAUGGUAACUUCACAUUUUAAAGUUACCGCAAAAGACAAGUUGGCGAAUGUUGGAAAAUUUAUUUGUUUCCUGUUUUCUUUAAUGUGGACUGUUGUAUUUCCUCUGUAUGCUUUGUUAAAAUGUUGGUGUUUUGGGCUUAAAUUGUUUGUAAAAUAUAUAGAUAUAUAAAUAAAUACAUAUAGUUUGUAAAAAAAAAAAAAAAACGAGAGAGAGAGAAGAA